AUGAAACCCGCCAUCCUUGCCGUGGCCGCUGGCACGCUUCUCGCCGGCAGCAUCACCGCCGCUCCUGUCACCACAGUCCCCGUGCCCGGCGUACCCCAAGACUGCCAUCCCACAGCCAGCGACCCCAACGCCUUCACCUACGAGAAGAUGGGCCAGAUCGCGCACAGGACCGCGAGACCCGUGCCGCACGAUCUGCUGCGGCACAAGAACGAGAGCGAGGCGACGGAGCCGCGCAACAGCAAGGUGCGGGAGAUGAGCACCGACGAGGAACCCCGCGCGCUACACGAGGGGGCGCCCGCGCCCAAGAUGAAGCGCGGCAUAUUUGAGACGCUAGCCAAGCUUUGCAAAGGCAUGGGGGGAAAACUCCAUGCUCCGUCCUGCAGCGUGUGGAAGCCGUGGUUCUACUCGAGCAAGCAGUAUGAGACCAAGCCGCCCUACAAAGAGAUCACGCCGGAGUUUAAGACGGCGUGGAAGGACAGCGAAAAACGCCAAGGCCUGAGGUGGAAGAACCUGUCCAAAGCAGGCAUGCGGGAGAUCAAGAACCGAAAACCGCCGACGCUGGCGCCAGGAACGGCUCUCCCAAAUGAGCUUUCCCCGCCUCUCUCCCCAGAAGAGAUAGCUAGUUUUGAUGAGUAG